AUGAAGCGGUUGCGGGGCGAAUCGGAUUAUUUGUCGUGCAGUUGCCUAGACGACGAGACUGACCGAGCCUUCAUCGGCACAUCGGGAGGAGACGUGUUCAUCUUGAAUAUCGCAAUGAACCCGCCGAAUUUCAUGCAUACGCUUGAGCUGGACAAGCCUGUGGCAGCCAUGGCCAUCGCAAGGGAGCAGGUUUUUGUUGCUCACGGUGACUGUAUAUCGGUGAUGAGCCUGCAGGCCCAUGGGCAGGAGGCGAAAACCGCGAAGGUUGCCAGUCAUCGCGUCCGACAUCUGCGUAUCGAGGAGACGGACGCGUCCAUACUGUCGGUGGCAGUCGCUCCCGAGCGGGACCUCCUGUUCGGCGGCUACUCCGACGGCUCGGUGGCGGUGUGGAAGUCUGGGGAGAGCGAGGCGCUCAUGGUGCUCAAGGCCCACCAGUGCGACGCCGCGCAGCUGGUGUGGGUCGAGAGCCCGCCCUGGGGCCCGUCGCUCUUCACCGGCGGCGGCGACGGCAAGGUCACCGCGUGGCACCUGGCCGGCGGCAGCGAGGACUACUUCCUCUGGAGACCUCAGGGGGUGGCUUCCGAGGACCUCGCCAGCCAGGCCGGCGCGGCGAUCUUCGGAGCGGGCAUAGGUGACGGCGCCGAUCCGUUUGCACCUGCCUUCGGCAACAGCGGGGACGUCUUCCGGAUGGACAACCCGAGAGUCAACCCGAACGCACUCAGGCGCGAUGACGAGUCCGAUUCUGACAAUGACAUCGCCGACGCCUUCCGCUGA